CUGCAGUGCAGAACUAUACUCUAGAACCAGAGUCACAGUCUAACUGAGACACUCUGUGCAACAGACACACAGUCUAACUGAGACACUCUGUGCAACAGACACGCAGACUCACUGAGACACUCUGUGCAACAGACACGCAGACUCACUGAGACACUGCAACAGACACGCAGACUCACUGAGACACUGUGCAACAGACACGCAGACUAACUGAGACACUUUUUGUUCUUUUCAAGACACAAAACUAACAGAAAUGGCCUCAAGAAAUCAGCUCAGCGCUGGAUCGAUUGCAGUAAUGGAGAGCAAUUGUGAAAAAGAAGGAGACAUUCAAACAUUUCCCAAACCUAUCCUGGACACACUCCAACGAGCUCUCCUCUCAGCCCAGGAAACCAUCAAGAGGCUGAAGGGGGAGAACUCCAGACUAGCAUCGCAGGGGCUCACCAUCUCUGAGUCUCAAGCGGAGGUCAAACUCAUUAACCACGAGAGAGAAAAGAUGAGGGAGACGAUCAAAAAGAUGGACAAGGACUUUCACGACGAGAGGAAGGCCUUGCAAGACCUGAACAGAGAGCAGCUGGAGGAAAUCCUUAAUCAAGGGUCCCAGCUUUUGGUCUAUCAAUCACGUGACAACCAGUGUGAAGAAAAAUGGACGGAGAGAGUGAGACAGCUGGAGGAGGAGGUGGAAACAUCAAGGAGAGCCAUGGAGAAGGAGAGGAUAUGCGGGGAGGGGAGGAUCGAGACUCUUCAGGAGGGGAUGCAGAACCAGGCUAAGGUGAGCUCCUCUCUGGUGGAUCUGUAUGAAGAAAAGAUCAAGUCCAACCAAGACAACGCGGCCACUGAACUAAGGCAGUGUGAGGAAUGGUGGAUGGAGAGAGUGAGUCAGCUGGAGGAGGAGGUGGAAACAUCAAGGAGAGCGAUGGAGAAGGAGAGGAUAUGCGGGGAGGGGAGGAUCGAGACUCUUCAGGAGGGGAUGCAGAACCAGGCUAAGGUGAGCUCCUCUCUGGUGGAUCUAUAUGAAGAAAAGAUCAAGUCCAACCAAGACAACGCGGCCACUGAACUAAGGCAGUGUGAGGAAUGGUGGAUGGAGAGAGUGAGUCAGCUGGAGGAGGAGGUGGAAACAUCCAGAAAAGCUCUGGAGCAGGAGAGGUUGUGCGGGGAGGGGAAGAUCAUGAGUCUUCAGGAGGGGAUGCAGAACCAGGCUAAGGUGAGCACCCAUCUGGUGGAUCUGUAUGAAGAGAAGAUCAGGUCCAUCCAGGACAACGCGGCCACUGAACUGAGGCAGUGUGAGGAGAGAGAGAGACAGCGGGAGGCCGCGCUGCAAGAAACAAAGACGGCAUUGACAGAACAAAAAACACGUCUUAACCAAGUGAAAUGUGAGAAGAGUCCGGAGCUACAGAAGAGCAUUGAGGAUGCUUUGAAGCAGGAGCAUGCUGCAGAGCUGUCUGCCAUGGAGGAGCGCUGCAAAGAGAGGAUCAGCCAGGAGGAGGGACACAUGAAGGAAGAGAGGAACAUGGCUGAGACACUCCACACAAGAGUGAGAGACCUGGAGGAGGAGGUGGAGACAUCAAAAAGAGAAUUCACUGAAUCCAUAACAAGACAGGCUGAGGAGAACUCCUCUGUGGUGGAUCUCUACAAAAAGAAGAUGAGGUCCAACCAGAACGAGGCGGCCACUGAACUGAGGCAGUGUGAGGAAAGGUGGCAGGAGAGAGAAAGACAGAUGGAGUCAGCUCUGCAAGAAACAAAGACGGCAUUGACAGAACAAGAAACACAAAUUAACGAAUUGAAAUGUGCUCUGGAGAACAAUCAGGAGCAUCAGAAGAGCAUUGUCGACACUUUGAAGCAGGAGCAUGCUGCAGAGCUGUCUGCCAUUGAGGAGCGCUGCAUUGAGAGGAUAGGCCAGGAGGAGAGACACAUGGAGGAAGAGAAGAACAUGGCUGAGACACGCCACACAAGAGUGAGAGAGCUGGAGAAGGAGGUGGAGACAUCCAGAAGAGAAAUCACUGAAUCAAGAAAAAGACUGGAAGAGGAGAAAAGGUCUCUGGAAGAAAGUAUGCAGAUCCUGAAGCAGGAAAAUUCUGCACACUUUGCCGAGAUGGUAGGAAUUUAUAAAGAGGAGAUCAGCUCCAACAAGGAAGACUCUGCCACCAAGUUAAGAGAGUGUGAGGAAAGGUGGACGGAGAAAGUGGAACAGCUGCAGAAGGAGUUGAAGACAUCAAAGAGAACACUGGAGACGGAGAGGUUAUGCGCGGAGGCGAGGAUCAGGUCUCUUCAGAAUGGGAUGCAGAUGCAGACUGAGGAGAACUCCUCUCUGGUGGAUCUCUGCGAAAAGAAGAUCCAAUCCAUCCAGGAAGUGGCGGCCACUGAACUGAGGCAGUGGCAGGAGAGAGAGAGACAGAUGGAGUCAGCUCUGCAAGAAACAAAGACAACACUGACAGAACAAGAAUCACGAAUUAACAUAUUGAAAUGUGCUCUGGAGAACAAUCAGGAGCACCAGAAGAGCAUUGUCGAUGCUUUGAAGCAGAAGCAUUAUGCAGAGCUGUCUGCCAUUGAGGAGCGCUGCAACGAGAGGAUCAGCCAGGAGGAGAGACACAUGGAGGAAGAGAAGAACACGGCUGAGACACGCCACACAAGAGUGAGAGAGCUGGAAGAGGAGGUGGAGACAUCAAGAAAAGAAUUCACUGAAUCCAUAACAAGACUGGAGGAGGAGAAACAGUCUCUGGUAGAAAGACUGCAGAUCCUGAAGAAGGAGACGUCUGCACGCCUCGCCGAGAUGGUAGAACUUAACAAAGCGGAGAUCAGCUCCAACAAGGAAGACUCUGCCACCAAGUUAAGAGAGUGUGAGAAAAGGUGGACGGAGCAAGUGGAACAGCUGGAGGAGGAGGUGGAGACGUUACAAAGAAGGCUCACUGUGGGAAAUCUGCAGAUUCAAGAGGAAGGGAAGUCUGUUUCGUCUUCGGUCGAUCCAUCUGAGGUCAGAGAGGGUGAGGAAAGGUUGACGGAGGAUGAGAGAUGUCUCUAUGAAGAGGAGAUCAGGUCCAACAAGGAGAAGGCGGACAAUAUACUGAGGCGGCGUGAGGAAUGGUGGACAGAGAAAUUGGCACAGCUGGAGGAGGAGAUGGAGACGUUACAAAUAAGGCUCCAUGAGGGAAGACUGCAGAUUCAAGAGGAAGGCAAGUCUGCUUCAUCUUCGGUUGAUCCAUCUGAGACCAGAGAGUGUAAGGAAAGGUUGACGGAGGAUGAGAGAUGUCUCUAUGAAGAGAAGAUGACGUCCAACAAGGAGAAGGCGGACACUGAACUGAAGCAGUGUGAGGAAAGGUGGACGGAGAAAGUGGAACAGCUGGAGGGGGAGGUAGAGACGUUACAAAGAAGACUUACUGAGAAACUUCUGGCUGAAGAGGAAGAGAAGUCUGUCUCGUCUUGGGUUGAUGUAACUGAGCAAAGAGAGCGUAAUGAAAGGUGGACGGAGAAUGUGAAAAAUCUCUAUGAAGAGAAGAUGAGGGCCAACCAGGAAAAGGCGGACACUGAACUGAGGCAGUGUGAGGAGAGAGUGAGACAGCUGGAGGGGGAGGUAGAGACAUUAAAAAGAGGACUCACUGGGGAAAGCCUGCAGAUUCAAGAGGAAGGCCAGUCUGCUUCAUCUUCGGUUGAUCCGUCUGCAAUCAGGGAGCGGGAGGAACAGUGGAAGGACAGACAGACACAGAUGGAGGCAGCACUGCAGACAUCAAGGACUGCAUUGACAGAACAACAGGCACAACUUAAAGGGGUAAUCCGUGAUCUGGAGAGGAGUCUGGAACAACAGAAGAGAAAUAACACUGCUUUGAAGAGGGAGCAUGCUGCAGAAUUCUCUGCCCUGGAAGAGCGCCACAACGAGAUGAUCAUCUGGGAGAAGAAGCGCACGGCUUUGGCAGUCUUAGCAAAAGUGAAAGAGGAACAAAAAGAGGAGGAGAAAUCAAAAAGUGCUCUAGAGGAGAAGGUGGAGACAUCAAGAAAAGCUCUGGAGGAAGAGAGGAACAAGACUGUGACACUCCACACAAGAGUGAGAGAGCUCGGGGAGGAGGUGGAGACCUUAAAAAGAGGGCUCACUGAGGAAAGUCAAAAGAAAGUCAAGUCUGUAGACCAUCCCUCUGUGGUUGAUCCAUCUGAAAUCAGAAAGUGUGAAAAAAAGUGGACCGAGAGAGUGAGACAGCUGGAGGAGGAGGUGGAGAUGUCAAGGGUAGCGCUGGAGAGGUUGAGGUUAUGCUCGGAGGGGCGGGUCAGGUCUCUUAAGAAUGGGAUUCAGAGUCAGGCUGAUGAGAACUCCUCUUUGGUGGAUCUCUGCGAAAAGAAGAUCCGAUCCAUCCAGGAAGUGGCGGCCGAUGAACUGAGGAUGUGUCAGGAAAGGUGGCAGGUGAAAGAGAGACAGCUUGAGGAAGCGCUGCAGCAAACAAAGACGGCAAUGACAGAACAAGAAUCACGACUUAACAUAUUGAAAUGUGCUCUGGAGAACAAUCAGGAGCACCAGAAGAGCAUUGUCGAUGCUUUGAAGCAGAAGCAUUAUGCAGAGCUGUCUGCCAUUGAGGAGCGCUGCAACGAGAGGAUCAGCCAGGAGGAGAGACACAUGGAGGAAGAGAAGAACACGGCUGAGACACCCCACACAAGAGUGAGAGAGCUGGAAGAGGAGGUGGAGACAUCAAGAAAAGAAUUCACUGAAUCCAUAACAAGACUGGAGGAGGAGAAACAGUCUCUGGUAGAAAGACUGCAGAUCCUGAAGAAGGAGACGUCUGCACGCCUCGCCGAGAUGGUAGAACUUAACAAAGCAGAGAUCAGCUCCAACAAGGAAGACUCUGCCACCAAGUUAAAAGAGUGUGAGAAAAGGUGGACGGAGCAAGUGGAACAGCUGGAGGAGGAGGUGGAGACGUUACAAAGAAGGCUCACUGUGGGAAAUCUGCAGAUUCAAGAGGAAGGGAAGUCUGUUUCGUCUUCGGUCGAUCCAUCUGAGGUCAGAGAGGGUGAGGAAAGGUUGACGGAGGAUGAGAGAUGUCUCUAUGAAGAGAAGAUGACGUCCAACAAGGAGAAGGCGGACACUGAACUGAAGCAGUGUGAGGAAAGGUGGACGGAGAAAGUGGAACAGCUGGAGGGGGAGGUAGAGACGUUACAAAGAAGACUUACUGAGAAACUUCUGGCUGAAGAGGAAGAGAAGUCUGUCUCGUCUUGGGUUGAUGUAACUGAGCAAAGAGAGCGUAAUGAAAGGUGGACGGAGAAUGUGAAAAAUCUCUAUGAAGAGAAGAUGAGGGCCAACCAGGAAAAGGCGGCCACUGAACUGAGGCAGUGUGAGGAGAGAGUGAGACAGCUGGAGGGGGAGGUAGAGACAUUAAAAAGAGGACUCACUGGGGAAAGCCUGCAGAUUCAAGAGGAAGGCCAGUCUGCCUCAUCUUCGGUUGAUCCGUCUGCAAUCAGGGAGCGGGAGGAACAGUGGAAGGACAGACAGAGACAGAUGGAGGCAGCACUGCAGACAUCAAGGACUGCAUUGACAGAACAACAGUCACAACUUAAAGGGGUAAUCCAUGAUCUGGAACAACAGAAGAUAAAUAACACUGCUUUGAAGAGGGAGCAUGCCGCAGAAUUCUCUGCCCUGGAAGAGCGCCACAGCGAGAUGAUCAUCUGGGAGAAGAGGCGCACGGCUUUGGCAGUCUUAGCAAAAGUGAAAGAGGAACAAAAAGAGGAGGAGAAAUCAAAAAGUGCUCUAGAGGAGAAGGUGGAGACAUCAAGAAAAGCUCUGGAGGAAGAGAGGAACAAGACUGUGACACUCCACACAAGAUUGAGAGAGCUCUGGGAGGAGGUGGAGACCUUAAAAAGAGGGCUCACUGAGGAAAGUCAAAAGAAAGUCAAGUCUGUAGACCAUCCCUCUGUGGUUGAUCCGUCUGAAAUCAGAAAGUGUGAAAAAAAGUGGACCGAGAGAGUGAGAGAGCUGGAGGAGGAGGUGGAGAUAUCAAGGAUAGCGCUGGAGAGGUUGAGGUUAUGCUCGGAGGGGCGGGUCAGGUCUCUUAAGAUUGGGAUUCAGAGUCAGGCUGAAGAGCACUCCUCUAUGGUGGAUCUCUAUGAAAAGAGGAUCAGGUCCAACCAGAUCGAGGCGGCCGAUGAACUGAGGAUGUGUCAGGAAAGGUGGCAGGUGAAAGAGAGACAGCUUGAGGAAGCGCUGCAGCAAACAAAGACGGCAAUGACAGAACAGGAAACACGACUUAACGGACUGAAAAAAAGAUCUAGAGAAGAGACGACGUGACAGGCCACAUGGACGACACUGUCACCCCUUUUCCCAAGAAAUAACAUUCUAAUGCAUACAAAAAAAUAAAUAUUACAAAAAUAAAAAAUAAAU